AUGAACUGUGGUUGUCAAGCCCCCUACAUCGGUCCAUCCCUCGCAAGAACAUGCUAUGGAGGAAAAUUCAUUCUCUUCAUGAGUAUCCUUGACACAUUAAUCAGGAAAAAGUGCGAUUUAUCGGAAAUGUGCAAACGAAUUGUCCCAAAACGUGCACCAGACUCCGAGUACGACUUCAUAGUGAUAGGUGGCGGAGCAGCAGGAUCUGUAGUAGCAGCACGAUUAUCGGAAGUACCAGAAUGGACAGUUCUUCUUGUUGAAGCAGGUGGUGACGAACCUCCAGGAACGCAAGUACCUUCAAUGAUGAACAAUUUUAUUGGGAAUCCUAUAGUGGAUUGGGACUUCAAAACUGAACCUCAAAAAGAGGCAUGUCUUGGGUACCCUGAGAGAAGAUGCACUUGGCCAAGGGGUAAAGUACUAGGAGGUGGUGGAGUAAUUAAUGGAAUGAUGUACAUAAGAGGGGUUCCUGAAGAUUACGACAACUGGAAGAAACAAGGCAACCCGGGUUGGGGUUACCAAGACGUAUUUCCCUUUUUUGAAUUGUCGGAAGGUAAUGAACAAAUUGGUACUUUAGUAAGUGAGUCUUAUCAUGGUAGAAAUGGUCCUAUGACCAUAAGUAGAUUUCCUGAUCGUCCAGAGCUAGCAAAAGAUGUGUUGAAAGCCGCCAAACAAUCGAAAUUUUUGGUUGUUAAUGAUCUUAACGCUCCACCCUAUUUGGGGUUUACUAUUGCUCAAGCAAUGCAAAGAAAUGGCUCAAGACUCAGCUGCGCUAGAGCGUUUUUACGUCCAGCUAGAGAUCGUCCAAAUUUGCACAUAAUGAUCAACUCAACAGCGACAAAACUGCUUGUGGAAAAGAUCAACAAUAGUAAAAGAUCUGCAGGGAUAGAGUUUGUCUACAGAAAUCAAUCCUUAAGUGUGAAAGUAAAACGGGAAAUUAUUUUAUCUGCGGGAGCUGUAAAUUCACCCCAUAUUCUACUUCUGUCAGGAAUUGCACCAAAACACGAAUUAGAUAAAUUUAACAUCUCGCUAGUUCAUCACCUACCAGGAGUCGGAAGAAACCUUCAAAACCACGUUUCUUUCAUAUUGCAAUUUAAAAUGAAAAAUAGGAAAGCUGUAAAUGAUCUGAACAAACUUUCUGUACAUAAGUUCCUAAAUUUUAGAAAAGGCCCCAUGUCGUCUACUGGAAUGGCUCAAGUUACUGCACGAAUUUGUACAAAACGUACCAAACACUCUUGUCCAGACUUGCAGUUAUUUUUUGGUGGAUAUUUAGCGGGAUGUUCUAAAUUUGGUUGUGUAGAAGAAAUGCAAACACCAAGCGGUUCCUACGCUCCUAGAAAUUUUUCAAUAACACCCGUGGUGUUACGUCCUAAAAGCAGAGGCUUUAUUGGUCUAAAAUCAAAAAAUCCCUUAGACGCACCUCUCAUUCAGCCAAAUUAUCUCACUGAGGAAGACGAUGUCAAAACUCUGAUCACUGGAAUUCGAAUAGCUCAAAAACUUGCUGGUUCUAAAAUCUUGAAAAGGAAGUAUGGUGUGGAAAUUAUUAGGGAAACUUAUGGAAACUGUGAAAACUUUUUCAGUUUUAAUUCUGAUGACUUUUGGGAUUGUGCGGUUCGUUAUCAAACAGGACCCGAAAAUCAUCAAUCUGGUUCGUGCAAAAUGGGACCAUAUUCGGAUGCUUUAGCAGUGGUGGAUUCUGAAUUACAAAUUCAUGGUAUCGAUGGACUUAGAGUUAUGGAUGCGUCGAUAAUGCCUUCAGUUGUUUCCGGUAAUACCCAUGCUACAGUUGUAAUGAUUGCGGAAAAAGGAGCAAACCAUAUCAAAAAAAAGUGGUUGCAUGCCUCUAAAGGGUCAUCUGUCAUCUCGAUAUCUAGAGAAGAGGUAGUCAGUUAA